UUCCCUCAGCUCAACGAUGAGGAGUUUUAACUCAUCGCGGGCCCUCGGGCUCGCCACAAUUCUCGUCUUAUCAACGUGGCUCGUCUGUAGUCACGCAUACCCGGACGGCAGAUCCAAUAGCCAUCCGGAGGAUCAUCUCGUUGAGAAAAGAGAAUCAAGUGCAGCCAUCAGUGAGAAGGAUGAGCCACUUGCACAGGCCGCGGCGGCCCUGCCAGCAUCAGCUGCAAAAAGACACAUCGACGAUAGCGCAGCGAGACAGACGAGACAGACGCCGUGGCCGACGUCAGAGCCCGCGACGACGGUCUCAUCCGUUAGUCAGAUAAUUCAGCAGUUCAUGCCGGCCACCGCAACCCCAGCUCAGCAAGCGGAAAUGAGCAGAUGCGUCGACGACGCCACCACCGAGCUCCAGAAUCUUCUCGGCCAGUUCAGAACUGCCGCGAGCAACAUACGCGACGGCCUGUCCUUGUCUACCAACUGCCAGAACGCAGCACCCGCUGGAUGUCAGAACGCCGGUAUCCUGCAGAGUGCGCCGGUCCUCAUUCAAAGCAUCAUCGAGAACCCGGAGCAGAUCACCCAGAUUCCGGACUUGAUCCAGUCGUCCGUGCCCUCGGCGCAGAUGACCUGCACGCUGGACAAGCUCAGAAACUCCCUGCAGAAGAUCUUCGGGCUGCUGCAGGAAUACGAGGACGAGGACUCCGACGACGAGGAGGAGGGCAGUGGCAAGAAACUGAAGAAGAUCAACAAGCACUUGGAGUGUUGGAAGUCGAAGAAGUCGAAGAAGUACGGAUCGCGCAACAACAAUCAGAACAAGAAGUCCAACCGACCGAACACCGUCAUCUUGACCAUACCCACCCCCGUGGCCGUGUCGUCUCCUGCUCCAGCGCCGGCGUAUCAGCCGGCACCACCGCCAGUGUAUCAGCCGGCUCCGGCACCCGCGCCAGUGCAGUAUCAACCUGCUCCACCACCGUGUCUGGCUCCCGCCCCGGCACCAGUUCUAGCUCCAGCUCCAGUGCCGAUCAGGGCUCCAGCGCCAAUCAUAGCUCCAGCGCCGAUCCUAGCUCCGGCCCCAACUUACUCGGACUUGAGUUACAACAGCUACUCGAACAACGUGGCUUACCCCAGUCCAGUCUAUUCGGCUAGUUAUCCAGUGACAAGUCCCACUUACUCAAGCGUCACUAAUUACCCCAGCAAAGAUGCCUACCCGAGCAACUCUGCUUACGCGAGCAAUAAUGCUUAUUCGAGCAGCAACGCUUACGCAAACUACCCCAGCUAUUCGUCUUACAACGGAUACUCUAGCUACCCAAGCUACUUCGAGUACUCGAGCUCGCCAGCGACUGCAACGUCUGGACCGUCCGUUAUUAGCUCACCAUCCGGAGCUAAUGCCGCGGUAACGGCCACCCAAGUCACUCAAGCGCAAUCCGUGCCAUUCAGAGAAGAGAUCAAGACCAUCACGACGCCCAAUACUCUAGUUUCACCUUCAGCUCCAGGCGCGACAGUGACCCAAGUAACUAGUGCACCAGUUCAGUAUUCGCAAAGCCCGCAAAUGAGGUACUCCUAUCCGACAGCUGUGGAAACGUACCAGAAAGCAGAACCGUGCCCGUGCUCGGCCCAGCAGCCUACGAGAACGACUGUGAUUGUGAAGGAACCGUUGAGCGCUCCACCACAGAAGAUGGAAUCGUGCUCCGAGACAUAUGCUCAGCCCGCUCCACCAGUGCCAUGUCCGUCUUACUACCCCACGGUGCAAAGCCAGCAGUAUUCGGCUCCAGCCCCGGUUAAAUCCGACUGUGGAUGCAAGCAGGCUCCACCACCGCCGCCACCUCCACCGGCAGAAACACCCUGCCCGUACCACCAGUCGAACAAUGCUGAAUCUCAGAAGAAGGGAAAGGGCCAGAAGUUUGGUAAAUUGUUGAGCCCUCGUCAUAUAACCGAAAGGUCAUAUGGAACCGAGUGCCCGCCAUGCCCAUAUUUGGCACAGAUAAAUAUAAAUGGCCAAUCGAGCGUGCUUACACCACAAGUCGUCGGCCAGGUCACCUCUGUUGCCACACCAGCUGCGGUGAAUGAUGUGCAAAGUGCCCAAGGACAAGUAACGGCGACGAGCACCAGCAGUGGCUACGCGAGCCAGCCGAUUGCGCCAGCUGUUUCUGGACAGCAAGUAACCAAUGCAGGAGCUGCACCUAUUUCGGGACAACAAGUAACGGUAACCAACACCGAAGGUACGUACGCGAGCGAACCGUUUGGUUCGGCUGGUUCAACUGUCACCGACGCUGCGAUUUCGUCGGUUUCUGCAACGCCUGUGAAUCCGUCUGCAGCUGUUCAGGCUAAUAUUCCUAGUGGAUAUUCUGCUUCGUAUCAAAGCCCAACUGGAUACUCGAACAGCCCAGCGCAAGUUACUUAUACAACUCCGCAGCAGUCGUAUUCGAACGCGCCAUCGCAAGUAGCAUACUCUCAAACUGGCUAUUCUACUCAACAAAAUGCGUACCCUAGCGAACCGGAUAGUGAUGAAUCAGAAGAUGAAGCAUCGACAACUCCGCCACCACCACCACAAACAAAUUAUGCCUAUGACUACUCUAAAACGAGCCAGUCCACUCCACCGGCCGCAUCACCACCGCCGCCACCGUCAAGCCAUGCAGGCGCACCGUCUACAUCGGCACAGACGAAUUAUGCCUACGAUUACUCUGUCACUAGCCAGUCUGCUCCACCGGCCGCACCACCACCGCCGCCACCGCCAAGCCAUGCAGGCGCACCGUCUACAUCGACACAGACGAAUUAUGCCUAUGAUUACUCUGUCACAAGCCAGUCAGCUCCACCGGCCGCACCACCAUCACCGCCGCCGCCACCGACCGCAUACCAAUACGCUCCUCCAGCAGCACAUGGACACUACUCCCAAGCCCACCAUGAAUCGCCUCUCGGUGUGAUCGGAGACUUGGCUGCUGGAGCCAUCGACGCUGUAUCCGGAGUCUCUUCUUUAAGCCAAUCGAAUUCUCCGAACGGAGAAUCGCCUCUUGGUGUGAUCGGAGACUUGGCUGCUGGAGCCAUCGACGCUGUCUCCGGAGUCUCAUCUCUGAGCCAGUCCAACUCUCCAGACGGUGAAUCUCCUCUGGGUGUAAUCGGUGACUUCGCUAUUGGAGCUAUCGACGCUCUAUCCGGAGUCUCAUCUCUGAGCCAAUCCAAUUCUCCUGACGGCGAGUCGCCUCUGGGCGUGCUCAGAGAUUUGGCUACUGGAACCAUCGAUGCUUUAUCCGGAGUCUCAUCUCUGAGCCAGUCGAACUCUCCAAGCUAUCCACCUUCACCUCCACCACAAACGAACUAUGCCUAUGAUUAUUCUUCAUCAAGCUACUCGGGUUCUCCAGUACCGCCACCUCCACCACCAACAUACCAAUACGCUCCUCCUGCCACCAAUGGAUAUAACCCCCAUGCCCAUCAUGAAUCACCUCUUGGUGUGAUCGGAGACUUGGCUGCUGGAGCCAUCGACGCUGUUUCCGGUGUCUCAUCUCUGAGCCAAUCCAACUCUCCAGACGGUGAAUCUCCUCUGGGCGUACUCGGAGAUUUGGCUGCUGGAGCCAUCGACGCUUUAUCCGGAGUCUCAUCUCUGAGCCAGUCGAACUCUCCAGACGGCGAAUCGCCUUUGAGCGUGCUUGGAGAUUUGGCUGCUGGAGCCAUCGACGCUGUAUCCGGAGUCUCAUCUCUGAGCCAAUCGAACUCUCCAAACGGUGAGUCGCCUUUGGGCGUACUCGGAGAUUUGGCUGCUGGAGCCAUCGACGCUGUAUCCGGAGUCUCAUCCCUGAGCCGCUCUGACUCUCCAAAUGGAGAAUCUUCGCUUGGCGUUAUUGGAGACUUGGCUGCUGGAGCCAUCGACGCUGUGUCCGGUAUUUCGACACUGAGUCACCCGGGCCCACAAAAUGGUGAGUCUCCUCUGGGUGUCAUCGGCGACUUGGCAGGAGGCCUCAUCGACGCCAUCGGUGGAGCUUCCUCGUUGAGUUCCCCAAGUGGUCCUAACGGCGAGUCACCACUUGGACAUCUCGGUGAUGCUGCCGCUGGAAUCAUAGAUGCCCUUUCCGGCGUUUCGUCAUUGAGUCAUCCUGACUCGCAGACCGGCGAGUCUCCUCUGGGUAGACUCGGUGAUUUGGCCGCUGGAUUGGUCGAUGCCAUCGGUGGAGCUUCUUCGUUGAGCUCUCCGGAUUCAGCUAACGGCGAGUCCCCACUUGGUCAUCUUGGUGACGCUGCGGCUGGAAUCAUCGACGCUAUCUCUGGUGUCUCGUCUUUGAGUCGCCCAGACUCUCAGACCGGAGAGUCCGCUUUGGGUACGCUUGGCGACAUAGCAGCAGGAAUCGUCGACGCAAUGGGUGGUACAUCUUCCCUGAUCCAGCAUGCUUCAGCCGGUUCAGGAUCGGCGCCAGCAUCGCCAGCAUCGCCAGCAUCGUCCAGCCAGCCUUGCGACAACAACAAGCACCCACUGCACGGACUCGGCAGCGCUCUUGCUGAUUCCGUUGCAUCUGCAGCCUCUCUCUUGAAUUCUCACAUUCAGCAAAGACAGCAGCAACAGCAAAACGGAUAUCUACAAGCUCCAGUCCCCGACCUGGCAGCUCCAGUAGAGAACGUUAUUAACAGCGCAACUUCUACCCUCGUCGAUACCGUAGGAUCAGUCGCAUCGUCGAUCGUCCCUCAAGCUCCCGCCCUUACUCAGAGCAACGCCGACGCUGCCUCUUCCAUAGCCAACUCAGUCUCAUCAAUGGUGAACUCAGCAGCAUCAGUCGCCAACACGCUCUCCUCGGCUAUCUCGCAGUUGGCUGCACAGAACGCCCAGAAGCCUGAACCAGCCCAACCCGUUUACAACGUCGCACCUGCCAGCCCCGUGACAUUCGUCUCCUCUCAGCCCACGAUCAUCCCGUCGGCUCCCGCUGCUUCCUUGCCGUCCAGCGUUUACCUUUACAGACCUACCUCGAACCAGGGUAGCGCACAGAUUGCUCUGACCCUGCCACGCGAGAAGAUUUCCGCGGCUGUCAGCGGUGGCAUCUUGUUACCCGGUGACCUGAUCACAAUCGCUCUCAACAACCAGGCAGCGCUGGCCGGAAAGGUUUUGGAUUACGCCAGUCCCAUCACAUUUGGCUUGAUCAACAACAACAACUACCAACCCUCGCCGAUCCAGGGAAGCCACGUGUGGAGCAUUUCCAGUAACGAUUGCCGAGACCGAGAACUGCAGAGCGUGCUCGACCAACUUUCGAGACGCGUUAUCUACUGAUUUAUUUAAAUGAUUUUCUUCAGAUAAGUUUACGAGUAUGAUCUACGUGCGAAUGUACAUAUGUAUUUAUUUAGUUGUAAGCUAUUUAUUAAUUUAACCGAUUGUAAGUGAUGUAACGAUAAAAUAAACUUUUGUAUAAAAAUUAA